AUGUACAAAAUCGAUCUACCCGACAUGAAAGAAGCUGCGGCAAGAGAGCGUCGUAGGAACGCCGAGCAGCAGCGAAAGAGCCGUGUGUUUGAUCCUAAAUUUCGACAAAUUGGAGUUGAUGUACAAUGCCUCAACCAGCAAGUGAAAGAACGUCAAGUGCUUGAAGAAGAAGAGAGUCGGUUACAUCAAGCCUUCGCUGCUGAUAUGGUGAGGAAUGACAAAGUAGCUUCCAUUUGGCAAGAGCGACAAGCUGCUGAUAUUUGUCAACUGAAUGUGGCACUGAAUGAGUUCAGAAAGACAGAGCAAACUGCAGACACUCGACGUGAGUUUGAUCUCAAUGAUCCCGAGAUGAAGAAGAAGGAUACUCCAGCUCGAGUUUGCGAUGAUGAUCCACGUUGUGGUAUAUCUAGUUUACAAAAACUACAAGGAGAGGACCUAAGUCACAAAAGUCGAGUCAAAUUGCAACAGGAGCAGACGCAUGAAUGGAUUAAUCAGCAGAUGAGAGAAAAGGGUCAACGUCAGCAAGAAGAGUGCCAUUCCAAUCAUCUGUAUGACCUGAAGGCAAUAGAACUGGACCAAAGAGCUGUUCAAUUGGCUGAAUCUGAAAAUCAGUGUCACAUGGCCAUCAACCAUGCAACAAAAGACUUUAACCUAGCUUUGGCAAGAGAAGCUGAAGCAAAGCGAAGGUUGGAUAAAACUAAAGAGGAAGACAACAACUUCACUCAAAUUUCUAAUCAGGUUCAUGGAGACAUGUUGACAGAGAAUCCUCAAGUUGCAGCUAGUGCUUUUGGUCCACACCGUGUUAUUACUGCAAACUGGAAAGGAAUGAGCCCACAGCAGUUAGCUCAAGUUAGACAAGAACAGGCUUUGCAAGCAGAAGAAAAGAAACAAAUUGAAGAAAGGAACAGGCGAGAUGCAAUGGAGUGGGAAAAGCAAACUGUUGGUAUUGCUAAUAUGGGUCUGAUCAUGGAGGAAAGGGAACAAAAGACAAAGAAACAGCUGGCUAGAGAGCUUAUGUUAGAAAAUCAAAGGAUGGCAGCUGAACAAAAGAAAAAUCAAGAGCAUCUUGACAAAGAGGUAUACACUAAUCAACCUACCGAUGCCUACUUUUCUCAGUUCAACACCUCGACACGAUGAUUCAUGGUUUCUGUUUAUCAACAACAGUAGUAAACAAUGCCAUUAUAUCAUUCUUUUCAUAUAAUAACAGAAUUCAACUUUGUGCUCUAGAAGUUAGAAGUCAUUAUUUCACUGUAAUAGUGGAAGCAGAGAAUAGUACAGUACAGUAACAUAGCCUAGAAACAACAUGGGUCAAGAUUCAU